AUGUUAACCACUAUUUGCAAGGGUCAACCGGUAUGGCUUUUUGUGAACAGUGGAAAGGCUCUUUGGGAACCAGCACUAAUAGUUGAAACUGAUCCUCUAACUGUGCAAUUCAUUCAAAAUGGUCAAACAAUUCCGUUAGAGAAUACAGUUAGACUUACCGAACGGAAAUUAUUCGAUCCAAAUACUGAAAAUUUAGCUACUAUUCCAGAUGAAUCAGAAUCAGCGCUCUUAUUUGCUUUGCGUAAACGUUUCGAUGCAAAACGUUUUUACACAUUUGCUGGUGAUGUACUAAUCGUAUUAAACCCAUAUGAUACAUUAUCAACAAUUUUUGAUAAUACAGUACAACAAUUAUAUCGACAAAGCAAUAAUCUCAAUAGUUUACCAGCGCAUAUAUUUUCCAUAACUCAGAAAGCUUUGGCACGUAUUGAAAACGAGCAAUCAAAGCAUGAAUGCAUUUGUUUUUGUGGUGAAUCAGGUUCCGGUAAAACAUACAAUUUAAUACAAUGUGCUAAUUAUUUAAUCAACACUUCUACGCAGUAUACAUUAAGACAAACAGUUACUGUGCAACAGUUGGAUGCAGUGGUACGUAUACUCGAUGCAUUUGGAAGUGCUCGUACGUUAAAGAAUACGCAAGGGACACGAAUGAGUUAUUUUAUGGAAAUGAUUUAUCGAAACGCAACACUUAUUGGUUUUUCUGUUCAUACGAUUUCACAGCAACAACAACAACAACAACAACAACAACAAUUGCAACAACUUCAAAUACACGUGGAACUUAGUCGAAUUGUUAGUCAACGACUUGGUGAAUGCAAUUAUAAUGUAUUCUAUGAGCUUUGUUCAAGUAUGGAUAUUAAUGAGAAACAUAAAUUGGGUCUAAAAAAUGAACAACAAUAUUUUUACUUAAAUCAGGGUAAAGUUUCAAUGGAUCCGCUGCUGCUAUGUAAAAAAUACGAAAACCUUUGCAAUUCAUUUGAGUUAUUAGAUAUUAGUGAACAUCAACAGGAUUUCAUUCAACAUAUUCUGGCUGCUAUUUUGCAUAUUGGCAAUUUGUUCUUUAAGGUUACUAAGCAGAGAAAUGGUGCUAUAAAUGAAACAAAUGAUCAGUCUAAUGAUAUUGUGACUGUUGUUGAAAUAGGCAAUGAACAGGAGCUAAAAUGGUGUGCUUAUUUGUUGGAGGUUGAUUUGGAAUCGUUAAGUCAAUUAUUAACACAGAAAGAAGUGAAGACCAGUGAGGAAAGUGAAAUAGCACUAGUGCCAUUAAGCAUUGAACAAGCAUUAGAUGUCAGAGAUUCACUUGCUCAAUUAUUGUAUGAGCAAUUAGUUGAUUGGAUUUUACAACGUAUCAAUGGAACAACAAUGAAUGGAUGUAACUUUAUUAACAGUAAUGAUAUGGCUACAAUUGUACUUACUGAUUGUUAUGGUUUUGAGCGUUCCACAGGUAUGAAUGGAUUCGAACAGUUUUGCAUUAAUUUGUAUAAUGAGCGAUUGGAAUGGUACUAUCAGCAAAAAGUGCUGAGAGAAUUGCAAUGGGAAUAUCAAAAAGAUAACAUUUCAGGAGUUGAUAUGCAAUCCAUUCAAUGGUUUAAUAAUGAACCAGUUAUUGAGUUACUCCUUCAACGUCCAAAUGGUUUACUUCCAGCAUUAGAUGAUGAAACGAAAUUUCCUAAAGCAUCUGCUGCUCGUUACUUGCAACAAUGUAUUCUCAAUCAUCAACAAUCUCCUCGACAGUUAUUUACUACUAAAACUGUAUCAACAACAACUGCUACAACUGCAACAACAAUUGUUUCUGGCUCAAUGGAUAGACAUGAAUUUGCUAUUCGCCAUUAUGCUGGUCAAAUUUGGUAUGAUUGCGCUCAAUUUGUGGAGAAGAAUCGCUUGCAAAUUAGAUCGGAAACAAUAAAGCUACUUGCUAAUAGUCAAAAUUCGUCAAUUGCUCAAAUGUUUCAAUGUUUCACAACAAACAGUACGAAAUCAACACCGCAACAGUUAUCGGAUGGAACAAUUUACGUUGCACAACGAUAUAAUCGAGCAGCAAAAGCACUUAUUGAUAAAAUGAAUAAAGGUACUGUACAAUUUGUACGUUGCAUGCGUAGUAAUCAGGAACGUGAAACGCUGAAAUUUUGUCCUCAAACAGUGGCACGACAGCUAAGAUCACUUUCAUUGCUUGCUACCACCAAUAAUUAUCGUUUUGGAUUUCCAUAUCGAGAACCAUUUGAUCGAUUCGCCGUAAGAUAUCGAUGUUUACUACCAUUAGAUAUAGUUCAUUAUCAAACGGUAUACGAAUUAUCUAAAGAUAUCCUUGAACAACAGGGUAAUAAAUUCCAUCAACAUUACCGAUUAGGUAAAACGCAAGUAUUUAUGCGUGAACCAUUACGUGAACAUUUGGAAACUCGUCGUAAUGUACUACUUAAUAGCUCCGCUAUUGUAAUACAAAAAAAUUUACGGAAAUGGUUAGCAGAACGGAAAUUUGCGAAGAAACGACAUGCUGCUAUAGUCUUACAAUCGGGUUUACGAGGAUGGCGUGCAAGACGUGAAGUUGAACGUCGCCGAAAAGAAAUUCGUAAAGCUAUUGAUAUGGAAACUCGAAAGAUACGUCGCCUGAAUUUAUACGCAGAAACGGAGGAAGGAUGUGAAAACAAUACCGUAUUAGCAACGGAAUAUAAUCAAACAAUGGAUUCAUCAUCUGUAGCUGAUGUACAGUAUUUAGAUUUACCAAAAAGCGUUGAGAACGAUUUGAAGAAAGGAUUAUUUUCUAACAGGAUGUCUGAUAUUCGAACUGUAUAUCAUUAUAUUCCAUAUAACAAGCGUAUCGGUAAAUCGUUAGAACUUCCUAUGGAAACCAUUGAACAGUUUGCAGAAAAUAAUUUUAAAGGCCAUUUGCUACAAAUGCGACGUGAACCAAUUGCUACACCAUUUUUACAUAAAGAAACUGAAAUGGAAUUUAAUCAAUCGUUGGAAAUGUUUGCAAUGAUAUUACGAUAUAUGAAUAAUACACAAAUGAAUAGUGAACAAUUAGCAAUUCUUGGCAAAGCAAUAAUUCAAACAGCAUUAAAUAAUCCGACACAAAGGGAUGAACUUUUGGUGCAACUUUGUACUCAAACAUAUCGUAACGGAGUGAAAAAUAAUGCUGAUAAAGCUUGGACAUUACUUCUUGGUGCAAUUAAUAGCUUCACACCUUCACCACAACUAUUUCCUGCUCUUAUGAAUUAUUUCGAACAACAAACACCAAAUUUAUCACGACAAUUAAUCGAUAGCUUACUACGACAAUGUAUUGGUAAUAAAGAUUUACCAAAAUUUCGUUAUUUUGCACCAACAUUCCUUGAACAGGCUAGUUUUAAACAACAACAAGCUGCUGUAUUACGAAUUAAAUGUGCUGAUCAACAUGAAGCAUUAUUUGAAGUGCAUUCUUGGAUGACUGCUGAUGAAUUAGCACAAAGAUGUUUGCAAAUUCGUGGUAUUGGUGAUCCAGAUGGUUGGACAUUAAGUGUGGAAGAUGAACGUUUUGCUAUAUUUGCACCAGGAAAUUGUUAUGUUUAUGAUAUAUUAGCACAAAUGGAGCAACAAUCAAUUGAAAGUAAUAAUGGAAUUUUUAUCAUGUAUGAUAAUAGCAUUAAUUGGAAAGUUUCACGAAAUAAUGGAAAAGUUAUGGGAAGAGAAAUAUUGCAACAAAAUGAAACUGAUAAUAAUACUGCAAAACAGAAUGAUAUUUUACCAAAUCGUUUUGCAACAAACACCAAACGACAAUCACGACAAGAACAACAACCAAUGGUACCACAACGAUCGGUGCAAUUUGUACCAGAAGCAAUACAAAAUGAUUUAUAUGCUGAAUCUAGGCUAAAAGAAUCAAAUUAUCGAACAUUUGAUACAGAUACAUCUAUUUAUGAAGGAAAUACAACAAAAACACCUCCAAUACCACCGCCACAUUGGGAUUCAAAUUUAAAUGAGCACCAAUCAUAUCGUCAACAACAACAGUACAAAAUUGAAGAAGAGGAAGGAAAAGAUGGUGAAUGUUUAUAUGGUCAACAACAGCAAGCAUUACCAGAAUUAUCAGCAAGUACUUUAAACAAUCGAUAUAAAAUUAAUCAAAAUCCUGAUCCUACAAAUAAUUUCAACAAUAAUUAUUAUUAUGAUACGGUAAUGGAUCGUAAACGUUGUGAUGAUAACAUCUACGGUAAUGUUAACUAUGAUGGUCGCAAUAUGAUAGAUGAUGAUAAUUUAUAUCAAAAGCAUCAACAACGUGAUAGUACAUUGCAACGUUAUCGACGUCAACAACAGCAAUUUGUUGAACUUCGACAACAACAACAACAACAGCAAUAUGAUCAGCAACGCAAUUUUGCUUAUAUACCACAACAAUUUACUGCGAUGGCUACUAUUCCUUUUGUACCAACUCAGGUACAAUUUAUGCCUGUAAUGCUUCCAACUACAUCAUUCUUACCGCCACAACAAUUACCGCCACAGCUAUCACAUCAACAAACAAUGAUAACUGCUGUGGAAAAUACAAAUGGACAGCAAUUAAUUAAUCAACAGCUAAAUGCGACAAAUGUGUCAUCAUCAUCAACAACUGUUCUUAUGAAUACCAUUGAUAGCAAUAAUAUGCAACAACAUCAUUCUGAUAUUUUUACGCAACAUGGAGAAUUAGAAACACAUGCCUUGUGCUGUUCAACACCACAACAAUUAAAUCAACUAGCUGAAGAAUCGCUAAUUAGCGCUCCAUCAGAGCAAUCAUCCGUCUCAACACGCAUCAGACGUAUGCAAAUUCCAACGAAAGCAAGUGAUGUCGAUCAAUUCUUGGAUGCUAUCUUUGAACAGGUUUUGCCAGCAAAUGAUCUAGAACAAACCGAUGAUAAUCAUUUCAAUGCUGCAAUGAUAACUAAUACAAUUAAAGGAACUCUUUCUACUGAUGCCAACGACACUUUACAAUCGACAUCACAACAAUGUAUGACAACAACGAUAAAUUAUGCAGCACAACCAAUGAUGUUAAUGCUACCUGUAGAAAGUCGUAUGCUUACUUCAAGUCAACAACAACAACAACAAAAUCAAGAACAAGUUUAUGCUAAUAAUACCAUAACUAAUGGUACUAUCACUAAUACACCGUUAUCACCAGUAAUGCCAAUUAUGGUACCGAUGAUGUGUAUGUCACCGACACCAACCACAACUGUUACAGCAUGUUUAUCACCAGUACCGUUUAAAAAUUCAAUAGCCAAUGAUAGUGUUUCACAACCAAUUGAACGAACAUUAUCACCAAUAUCGGUUUGUUACAAUUAUAAUGCAACAUCUACUCCGUGUAGCAAUGGUAUUUUGACGUCUAACACGUACGCAAAUGGUACUAUGACGUCUAAAGCGCAUAUAAAUGGCACUAACCAUAGCGAGCGUAAUAAUGGCGAAUUAUCAGGCUCAUCAACUACAAUGAUAAUUCGCUCUUCACCACUGCCCGAAAUAGCACAAUCACCAACAAAUUUAGACGAGAAAGGUCGCGUGGGUCAAAUACAACCAACGUCAACCAAAGCACGAUAUAUUGGACCAGUGCAUCCACAAACAAAUGAAUGCUUGAAGAGUCCAACAUUAGCAACAAAAAAUUCGCAGUGUAGACAAAAGGAACAAAAUCACUCUCAACAUCAGCAAUUGGACUAUAUUAGAAAUCAAUUUAGUCCUACUGAAGCAGACGAGAAUUAUUAUUAUGGUACAGCUAAACGUGAACAAAUAUAUUCAGGAAGAUCUGCAAUAUCAUCACAAGAUAAUAUCAUAUCAUCAUCAUUAUCAUCACAUCCAAAUCAAACAUUACGACGAACACAGCAAUGCUUUCGACCGCAAUCAUCGUUAUCACCAUCACCACGAUUGGUUACUAAACCGGAAACAGGAUUCGGUACAAGAAUUACUGAUAGCAAUGAAAUCAUUUAUGGCAACAAUCUUUCAAAAUUGAACAUUUAUGGUAGUCCAGCAAUACGAAAUACAAAUACGAGAGAUUCGGAUAAUAUCGUAAGGGAGAAAAAAUCAUUGAGAGCUGUUGUUGAAUUUGAAAAUGAUGCAUUGAGAAGAACUGGUGGAAGAGCAAAACAACAACAACAAGAUUUGGAGCAACAACAAAUAUUACAUCAUCGUUCCGAAUUUGAUAACGAAACAUCAAGGCCAAGUUCUCGACGUCAUAAUGAUACAUUAAAGGAAUUAGAAGGAAAACGAGAAACAUUUGGAGAAUGGAUAGAUGAAGUAGAUAUAACGAAAAAUAAUGCGCAAAAUCAUGCUCAAAUAAUGGCGGAAGUUGCAAUUCAUCAGGCUCAUUUAUCAAAAUUACAACAACAACAACAAUAUUAUAUGCAAGAUGAUGAUUACAAUAAGCAAUACUACAAUGACAAUGUUCAACAACAACAACAACAAAAACACCGACAACAACAAAUUGAUAAAACGUAUUUUAUGCAUGAUGGUCAACAAAAUGAGCAGCAACGUGAACGUCCAGCUGUGCAAUAUAUUCAGCAACCAUGGGAAUUAAUGAUACGCAAACAAAUAUUUCAUCCUAAUGAACAACUUGGAGAAGAGCAAGAAAUUGAUUUAAUUUUUACUCAAAUUAUUACCGACUGUCGUAAACCUAAAAGUUAUCGAAUUCAUAACAAUGAACGUGAUGCUAUAAGUCAAAUCUUACGUAACUAUCGAAUUCCACCUGCUAUGCUCGACAAUCCUCAAUUGCUUCUGAUCGAUGUUAAAGUAGCUGUCAUCCAAUGUGCACGACGUUGGCCAUUAUAUUUUAGUGUUCAAUUUCCAGUUAUGGAUCAAUUCAUUAACAGAGUUACUAAUGAAAUAGUAAAUGCACGUCGAAUAUUAGCUAUUCAUGAAUCAGGGCUUACAUUGCUAAAUCAAGAUGAGAGCAAUAAUAAUAUGGAAUUAAAUAUUUUAGACCAUUUCAAUUAUGGUGAUAUUAUUGACAUGCAAGUGGACUGUACAAGUGGACAAUUGCGCUUACAAAUACGCCAAGACUCACAAUUAAUACUACGAUCUGUUCAUGCUGAAGAAAUUCAUACAUUAAUUGACAAAAUGAUGUCAGUUGAUGGUGGAAAAGUACGAAUAUAUAUGCGUGCAGUAGCAGAUUAUAUUACAAAUGAACCAAAUUUACUAAGUUUUUCCAAAGGUGAUAUUAUACAAAUUAUAAAUCGUAAUGAUGGAACAUUACCAAUGGAACAAAAUAGUGAGCAAUGGUUAUAUGGUAGAAUUGGUAAUCAUUUUGGUAAUUUACCAGCAAAUUAUGUUGAACCAUUGGAUUCUUUUGGGCAGAUGAUUGAUUCACAACUAACGAUGAAUUCAUCCACUGCUGGUGGGAUUCAUUUCGAUGAUUUGAUACCUAUCAGGUAUCCUGAUUACUAUAACUAUAUCGGUCGACUACCUGUUAUGGAUUCCCAUUACAGUUAUCGACAACGGCAUUUUCGUCCGCACCCACGUACACCACAGGAAUCCAAUCCACUUUAUAGGUCCUCUGAAUUGGACUAUUCUAUUUCUGGUAUUGGAGCAGGAGGCGGAGGUGGAGGUGGAGGCGGGAAUUAUUUCAGCACCUCAGGACCCUGUAAUUUUGAAGCUGAAAAACAACCACGACGAUCGCAGUCAUUGGACAAUCGAAAAGACUGGUUGUUCAGCGAUGAUUAUGGAUUUCCAGCAGUAGGAACAGACGAGAGAUAUAAUGGUGCCACGAAGAGGUACCAGUCUCAUCAGCAAAAACGAAACUAUAAUUAUCAGCCUUAUUUUAGUGCUAGUACCGGUCCUACUACCGGAUAUCGCGCUACCUACGAUGGACGACGUGGUAACGAUAAUUACUUUGACAAUGUCGUAACCCUACAAUCCAAUCCUACUGAAUCUGACUGGGAUGCUCUCGACCGUUCAAUUCGAAAUUAUCGUGAAGAUCCUGGUGGUGAGCAACCAAAUGUAACCAUGCGACGUUCCAAGGCUCAAAGUUUAUCUCCAGUUCGUCCCAGUGGUGUUUUUGGUGGUAUUGGUGGUGCUUCAAGUGGCACCAAACCGAGACGGCGCAAUUUACCAUCAUACUUUUAUCGACACUCUGGUACUGGUGGUUGCUUUGUAGGACCACAAAGUGGUAUUUCUGUUAAUAGAAAUGAAUCAAUUCGACAUACCCGAAACGAUUUUUUCAGUGGUUCAGCAUUACAGGAUGAAAUGGAAUUUGGUACUGACCGUGGUAUGACAAAUUACUACCGAGGUAGUAAUUCUAAUCAUCAACAAUCUGAACAUUAUAGACCGGGAGCUGGAUCUCUAAAUGUUGCAAAUACAAUGCGAGGUCAAACAAUGAUUCGUGGUACUACUACAGGUACCACACGUGAUGGUUUUGGAGCGCAAAAAUAUUACAAGCUUCAUUGUUGCUGUUUAAGUUUUCGUUGGCCACCUUGGGCUUUUGAAGAAGUGGAACCACCGCAACCAAUAUAUCGUCGUACUUGA